UCAACGUCAACGUUAUAAUUUCUUUUUCCUUUUUUCUUUUUUUUUAGGUCUGAAGCAUUUUCCCUCCCUAUCGCUGAUCUUUCAUACUUGCACUCAAUAAGAAGUCUAUUAUAAAUUGCAAUAAAUUGCAAGACACCUCUUGUCGUGGUUGCGUAAAUCUGCAACUUCCGAUGGCUCCUUGGGGAAUGAAGUGGGCAGAUCGCUGGAUUAAAACUAGAGAUCCGAAUGAAUCUAGCUCAUCUUCUCAGAACAAUCGAAUUCAUGUAUCUGCAUUCGACAAUUAUCAGGGUAUUGGGCCGAAGAAAUAUUCAUUUAGUGAAGCAGCAGAGGCAGCUGAUCAUUUCUCGAUCCAUAACCUAUUAAUUGAUUAUGGUGAUUUUGGUGAAGUUUACAAAGGAUCCUUAGAUGGUGAAAUCCGUGCUAUCAGGAAACUUAGCAAUUUGCCGGAUGUACACUCCCAAGCAGAUUUGGAGAGGAAGAUUAUGGCCGCCGGUAGACUCCGUCACAGAAAUCUUCUUCAACUAGAUGGUUAUUGCAUUGAUGGAGCCAACACAUUGCUUAUUUUCAAGUAUUUUUCCAAUGGGUCCUUGAAAUAUAAUUUACAUGGAAAGGAGAAUAUUUUAGAUUGGAAAAAAAGGAGGAAUAUCGCCUUAGAUUCUUCAAGAGGAUUAGAAUAUUUACAUGAAGUCGUCCCUGGUCAAUCUAAAAUCACACAUUUAAAUAUCAAAUCAGAUAAUAUUCUUCUCGAUGAUAAUUUUCUACCUAAGGCAAACCCCCUAAUUGAAAGGGCUUUGAAUAGGGAAUAUGCAGAUUUUGUAGAUUCUAGAUUGCAAUCUUUUGAUCACGAAGAGAUGUAUCGGAUGAUCUUUUGUGCUAAUAUUUGUAUAAAUCAACCUCCAAACUCUUGUCCAUCAAUGAGAGAGAUACAUUUAGCUCUUCAAGUAAGUAUGCCUUUAGGGAUUGCAUUGGACGAGAAGAAAUACAACAAAUUACAAUUGAGAGCUACGUAUAAAGACGACGAAUCUAGCUCAUAUAUUGAAGAGGAGAAUCAAAGAAAUAAUCUGGAGCAUUAUAGUUAUGGUGAACUAGUGGAGGCAACUGAAUUUUUCUCCAACAACAGACUCGUAGGAGAGGGUGCUUCUGGUGCAGUCUAUAGAGGAAAACUAGGCAAAGAAGUCGUUGCUAUCAAGAAAUUCAAAAUUAUAGUGAAUGAAGAGCAAGAAAAUCUUGAAGAUCAAUUUGAGAUUGAAGUUCUCACGAGGAUUCGUCACCCAAAUGUUGUUAAACUGAUUGGAUACUGCAGUGAAGGAAGUAAUAGACUGCUUGUUUUAGAGUAUUUGAUGAACAAAUCCUUAAAUUCUUAUUUACAUGGAAAGAAGUUCUUGGACUGGUCAAGCAGAUUGAAUAUUGCUAUAGGCUCUGCUAAAGGGAUACUGUAUCUCCAUAAAUAUGGUAUCAUACAUCGAGAUAUAAAAACAGACAAUAUUCUUCUCGAUAAUAAUCUUGAACCGAAAAUUGCAGAUUUUUCUCUUAGCAAGUUUUUGCCAAAUACUGAUAAUAUUAGCCACAUCACUAGUGUGUUGAAGGGAACUAACAUUUAUGUAGAUCCAGAAUAUAGUUCCAUUCAAAAAGUAUCUGCAAAGUCAGAUAUCUAUUCUUUUGGUGUGGUGCUUCUAGAGUUAAUUACCGGAAGAAAACUUAUAGAUCAACAACAAAAUCUUGAUAUUAUCACUUGGACUUGGAGAGAAAUUGAACAAGCUUUCGGUAAUGGAGAAUAUAGAGCUGUUGUAAACUCCAUAUUGCAGAGCUAUGACGAAGAGAAAAUCAAACGUAUGAUUGUGGCUCUUGUUGAUUCCAAAUUGGGAAAGAAUUAUGAUGAAGAGCAAAUGAAACGAAUGGUAUUUUGUGCUAUAGCUUGCUUAAAUAAGUACUCAAAGUCUCGCCCACGAAUGCAGAAGAUAAUCGAAGUUCUUGAAGGGAAGAUUAUACCUCCACAGAAUAUUUUGGAUGGCAGUGACAAUAAAUCCAUUAAGUAUUCAAGAUUCAGGGACAAUUGAAGGAGUUCUAGCAGAGUACUUGAGUGUUUUUUUUUUUUUUUCUGUUAUUUUUGUUGAUUAAUUAUAUGAUCCACUUUUCUUAAUUUCUCUAAGUUGUAUCCUAAACAUGAUAGGCUAUGUUUGGUUGUUGAUCUCUAUUAUGUCAUUUUAUAAUAUAGAGAUGUACCAAGUCCAAUGAAUA